UAUAACCAAACGGCCAUAUUAAACUGCGAAGUGCGAGUAGUGCAGAGAGCCUAAGCAGCCAAUAUUUUCGUUUCGCAAUUUUCUCAUUUUGAAAAAAAGCCGUAAGUGCAAAUAAUAACAAAAUAUACCAAAAGUUAGUAUAUUGGUACUACAAACUCGUUUGCAUUUGUUGUGGUCUUCGUAACAUAAUGGAGUCUUCUGAUGAGGAGCUUCCUUUUGACGAUCACUAUUAUGAGGAUUCUUGUUCCGAAUCAGAUCAAUACGAUGACGGUGAUGUAGACGAAGACAUAAGAUGCAGUGGUCCUCUCGCUGGUGCAGUAGCGAAGGGCAAUCUGGAAAGAGUACAACAAUUAAUAUAUCUCGGUACUUCACCGAAUGCCAAGGGAAAAAACGACGACAGCCCACUACACUACGCUAUAUGCAAUGCCCAGUUUGAAGUUCUGGACUACCUGCUGAGCCUGGAAGAUAUCGAUGUAAACGCUCAGAACUCUUUCGGUCAAACGCCUCUUUUUUACGCGGUAACCAAGAAUCAGCUGCAUAUAGUUAAAAAACUAGUAGAUCAUAACGCCGAUAUAAAAAUUUCUUGUAAAUACGGAUCUACCUUAUUGCACGUAUCGACACCAUAUCCGGAUAUUGUUCACUUUCUAAUACUGAACGGAGCGGAUAUAGAUGCAAAAGAUAAUAAUGGCAAUACACCUUUACAUAUUGCAGUAGACGAAGAAUCUUUAGAAACCAUUUGCAUGUUGCUCUACUACAACGCAGACGCAAACAAUCAGUGUAAACGUAAUUACACCCCAUUUAUGAGGGCAAUAUGUCUAAGAAAUGUGGAAAUCCAAACAGUUUUACUGGACUAUGUAAGUGAUUUUAAUGUAAUUAACAAUCGUGGUGAACCGAUUCUACACCUGGCUCUGUUGUUCUCCAGUCCACUUAUCAAAGAAUUAAUUGACCGCGGAACUGAAGUAAACUACGAAAUCCAUAGUAAACCUUCCAUAAUAUUUUAUAUCUGGCAUUGCAAGUUUAAAGUAUUUGAUAUAGUGUGGCCAAAGGUCCAAGAUCAACCCCUUAGAGGGCAUACUUCGUAUUUCGAGGCAAUGUUGUGUACUUGGACCCCGCCCGAGAAACGACUUCCCCGUUUACUGAGGGCUAUGAUUGACAUCGGCAACGUUUCACCUAUUCUGACCUACUUCGAUUUUACUCGAUUUUAUAGUCCGGCGAAAUGCAAGACCCAUAAGGAGAAAUUUGAAACGUUGAUGGCGUUAUACCCGCAAUUAGCCAUCGAUUUGAUCUAUAUAUAUUUGGGCGAAGGAAAACCCCUAAAUGGCGAACUGAUUAGUAAAAUUUAUGAGUUGUUUGGAUACUGUAAGUUUCUACGAAUUUGUCUUCAUAUGGACAUUCAGAAGGCGAUUUGCGGAAAUGUUAAUAUGGGACUUAUUUUCUAUGAUCCCUUAAUGUCGGUCGAUGAAUUGAAAAAACGGAUUAUUAAUAGCAAUGAUACUGUCAACGAGGAACAAUUUUUGCCGUACAUAAAGAUUCUGAAUAGCGGUAAGAAGAGUUUGACGGUAACAAAAAUACAAGGGAUACCUUCGUUAAAGGAAUUGAGCCGAAAUACUUUACGGGAUGUGUUAGUGUUGCAGCAUAAUUUAAGCACUUCAAGCAAGUACUACUUCUUCAUCCAGAAUAUGCGUCUACCUGAUGUUUAUAAGGAUAUUUUGGCUUUCAAGCAACCAAUUUACAAAUCCUGAGUAGCAUGUAUAUUACAAAGGUGUAACCUUAUUAAAUUAUAAUGUAAUUACACUAUACACUGUAACCAUUAAAAAAAUGAGUUUAAUUAAGUAA